AUGCAUAAUCACACAUCUGAGUUUCUUCUUUUGGAAUUCUCAAAGAUUUGGGAGCUACAGAUUAUAUAUGCAGGUUUAUUACUGAUCCUCUAUUUGAUGACAUUAACAGGGAAUCUUCUAAUCAUCAUUGCAGUUGUUUUUGAUCAUCGCCUUCAUGUCCCCAUGUACUUCUUCCUGAUGAAUUUAGCCAUACUAGACAUUGGUUUAGUUUCAGUCAUUAUUCCCAAAGCCAUUUUUAAUUCACUUACAAAUAUAAGGCACAUUUGUUACUCAGGAUGUGUUACUCAAGUCCUCAUGUUUGUUUUUUUUGCCGGUUCUGACAUUGCUGUCCUGACUCUCAUGGCCUAUGAUCGAUAUGUUGCCAUCUGCAAACCUUUGCACUAUGAAAUAAUAAUUAACAGGACAGCCUGCACCAAAAUGAUUAGUUGUGCGUGGAUCGCCAGCUUCCUCAAUUCUGUAAUGAACACUGUUGAAACUUUUAUUAUUCCCUUUUGCUCCAAUAUUAUCCAUCAGUUUUAUUGUGAAAUCCCACAUUUACUUAAGAUUACAUGCUCUGGAUCAUACAUAACUAAACUUGGAGUUGUAUUCUUCAGUAUAACAUUAGGAUUUGGUUGUUUUGUAUUUAUUGUCAUUACCUAUGUGCAGAUUUUCACUGCUGUUUUAAAAAUUCCUUCCAUUCAGGGAAGAAAAAAGGCCUUCUCUACUUGUGUACCACACCUCACCAUCUUUUCCAUAUUUUUAUUUACUUCUAUAUUUGCUUAUGUAAGGCCCAUUUCUAACAGAGCAUCAGUUUUUGAUUUUAUAAUCACAAUAUUAUAUUCCAUUAUUCCUCCCCUGAUGAAUCCAUUGAUCUAUAGCAUGAGAAACAAAGAACUCAAAGGUGCUCUUUCAAAAAUUUUCUGGUCAUUUGUUUUUGAAAAGACCUGGAACUGCAUAGCUAUCUCAUCAUCUAUAUAA